ACGAAUUAUUCAAUUUGGAAAAUUCGUAUUGAGGAUUAUUUAUGCUCUAAAGAUUUGCUUGACCCAAUUUUGUAUAAAGAACGUCCAACAGGUGUUGAUGAGAAAGCUUGGACUACCUUGAACCGGAAAGCUAUUGCAUCAAUCCGACAAUAUGUUUCUUUAAGUGUGUUGCAACAUGUUGCUAAUGAAACCAAUGCUUUUGAGAUGUGGAAGAAACUUGAAUCCAUGUACGAGAGGAACAAUGCUAUGGGAAAAGCUUCUUUGAUUAGGAAGCUUGUUAAAUUGCAAUACAAAGACAGUGAUAGCAUUGUAGUUCACAUGAACGAGUUUCAAGGUGUGGUAAACCAACUAGCCAGAAUGAAGAUGAAGUUGGAGGAUGAACUUCAAGCCUUGUUGUUGCUUUCCUCAUUGCCCGACAGUUGGGAUACAUUGGUGGUUUCACUUAGCAACUCUGCUCCGGAUGGCAAGAUGACUAUGGAGAUGGUCAAGGCUAGUCUUUUGAAUGAAGAGGCUAGGAGGAAAGAAUCAGGUUACCCUAGCCAAGCCGAAGCAAAUAAGCCAGAAGAGAAGAACACUACAGCCUUGGCAUCUAAUGAUGAUGAUUUGUUUGUUAUCGGUGAUCAUGGACUAUUAAAUGUAGCCUGUGAUGACUGCACCUGGGUGAUUGAUUCUGGUGCAUCUUAUCAUAUUACUUCACACAGGGAGUACUUCUCAUCCUAUACUAGUGGUGAUUUUGGCCAUGUGAGGAUGGGAAAUGAUGGUUCGUCCAAGAUCGUCAGUAUGGGUGAUGUUUGUUUAGAGACUUCCACUGGUUGCAGGUUAGUGCUCAGGGAUGUGAGGCACGUCCCAGAUAUCAGAUUGAGUUUGAUUUCAGUUGGUCUGCUUGAUGAUGAAGGUUAUGCCAACAAGUUUUGUGAUGGAAGAUGGAAACUCUCCAAGGGUAGUUUGAUUAUGGCUCGAGGUGAUGUUCCUCAGAGAGUUUGGUCAGGGAAAGAUGUCUCCUAUAAGCAUUUGUUGAUCCAGGCAAAUCCUUCUCCAUGCAUCACAGUUGAUCCAGUUCCAUCUCUUCCUCCUGUUGUAGUCCCUCAAGAUCAUGGGGGAGAUAUGCAUGAUCAUACAGUUGAGUCUCCUACAGAUGACCAUCAUGAUGAUGAUAAUCAUGAUGAUGGUGGUGACGGUGUUCCAGAGUCACAACCACACUCAGAGCCACCACCAGCACCUCAGUUGAGAAGAUCCACCAGAGUCAGAAAACCUUCCACAAGACUUUCGGAGGCUGAUUUUGUCCCAAAUAUUUUUUGGUGGCCCAUCUUGUGUGGCUACUAACUAAAAGAAAAUAAAAAGAGAAAGAGAUAAGGCAGCAACUUGAGGAGGAGAAGGCAGUAGCUUAACGCAGGAAAGAAGGAGAAAAAGGAAUUCUCGCCACACUGUGCAGCAGCCAUUUUUCACCUCCAGAUCGAAGGCCAAACGAAGUCGGAUCGUACUCAAAUUUUAGUAUGUUGUUCCUCACAUACUCCUCUUCAAAUCCAACGGUCAGAUUCUCAUUUUGAUGCCCGGAAGGCUGUUUUCUAGCUACGUUUUCAGACCUGCGUUUUUGGGAGUUUUUAUUCCAUUUUAUGGUAAACUGUUGAUUGUUGUUGUUCCAAGGUUGCUCCUUGAUGAUUGUGUAUGCCUCUAGUGUUUACUAGAGAGGAGAACUUGUUG